GCGGCGCCGCCGCGCGGGAAGCGCCACAGUGCCCUGGAGGCCUGCAGGCCCGGCGACCGCCGCCUCCCGCACGGAGUUUAACCAAGGCCGGCGCUGCUAUGGGCUCCCCUCUAUCGCCGCAGCCGCCUCUCUGUAGCUCUGAGCAGCCUGGGAGGGGCUGGCGCAGACCUCGUUUAUCCCAGGGCGGGCCCUGGGGCCGACCUGCUCCAUGUCCCCGCCCUCGAGCGGCUUAGUGGCCUCUCUCUGCAGCCCGUCGUUGUCGGUGGCGGCAUGGUCUUCUGUCUGGAAAACGAGGUGCCGCACCGCCCGCUGCGAAGCGCCAUGGUCCACUUCCAGGCCUCAGAAGUCCAGCAGCUGCUACACAACAAGUUCGUGGUCAUCUUGGGGGACUCCAGGGGAGCUGAGCUUUGAACAGGACCAGCUGGUGGCUGGGGGCCAACUGGGUGAGCUGCACAACGGGACACAGUAUCGCGAGGUCCGCCAGUUCUGCUCGGGUUCUGGCCACCACCUUGUACGCUUCUACUUCCUCACCCGCGUUUACUCUGAGUACCUUGAGGACGUCCUGGAGGAGCUGACAUAUGGGCCUGCCCCCGACUUGGUGAUCAUCAACUCCUGCCUCUGGGAUCUCUCCAGGUAUGGCCGUUGCUCAAUGGAAAGCUACCGAGAGAACCUGGAACGAGUGUUUGUGCGCAUGGACCAAGUGUUGCCAGACUCCUGUUUGCUGGUGUGGAACAUGGCAAUGCCCCUAGGCAAACGCAUCACUGGGGGUUUUCUUUUGCCAGAGCUUCAGCCACUGGCGGGCACUCUACGACGGGAUGUAGUUGAGGGCAACUUCUACAGCGCUACACUGGCCGGGGACCAUUGCUUCGAUGUCCUGGACCUCCACUUUCAUUUCCGGCAUGCAGUACGGCACCGCCAUCGAGACGGUGUCCAUUGGGACCAGCAUGCACACCGCCACCUCUCACAUCUGCUUCUGACCCAUGUGGCUGAUGCCUGGGGUGUGGAACUGCCCAAGCGUGACCGUCCCCCUGACCCGUGGAUUGAGGACUGGCCAGAGAUGGAUCAUCCAUUCCAGGGAAGCCAUAGGCAGUCCCCAGACUUCGGGGAGCAGCUGGCCUUGCCUCCACCCCCACCCUCUCCUUUACCCCCUCCCAUGUCUUUUCCUUAUCCUCUUCCUCAGCCCUCACCACCUCCCUUGUUCCCACCCCUGCCCCAGGAUGCCCCUUUUUUCCCAGGCCAGCCCUUUCCACCCCAUGAAUUCUUCAAUUACAAUCCAAUGGAGGACUUCUCGAUGCCACCCAACCUAGGAUGUGGCCCUGGAGUGAACUUUGUGCCUGGCCCCCUGCCACCUCCAGUCCCUGGCCCUGUCUCCCAUGGUCAGCACCGAGGCCCAGUGGUCCACCGGGGAAUGCCACGUUGUGUUCCCAACAGCCCCUACCAUGUGCCAAGGAUGGUGGGACCCUGUAGGCAACGGCUCAGGCACUCAGACAGACUGAUCCACACAUACAAACUGGACAGACGGGGACAUGCCCAUUCGGGAACAUGGCCUGGGUAGAUUGGAUGUUGGGCUGGGGGCUGGAUGUGCCAGGAGCCCUGCAGGGCCUGCUUGGCACCCCAGGUGUUGGGCCUGGCAUUGUUCUUGUCCAUUGCUGUCACCAAUAAAGGCAUGGAAGGACA